AUGAAGCUGCACUACAUCGGAAUCCUCCGCAAUGACAGCAAGCCCGCCGUCGAGCUUUGCAGCGAGAUGGAGCUGUCCGCAUACUCCCGAUUCACCAGAGGUAGCUACGCCGAAUUCAUGAGCCUGUUCUCUAAGAAGGUGGCCGAAUCGACGCGUCCCGGCCAGAGGCAAGAUAUCGAGGAGGGCGACAACACAUUCCACUGCGUGGGAAGAAGCGAGGGUAUCUGCGGCGUGAUCAUUUCUGAUCACCAAUACCCGAGUCUCGUCGCUCACCAGCUUCUCUCCAAGAUCGUCGACGAGUUCCUCACCAAGCACCCGCGCUCCACAUGGGCGACGGGCGAACCCAAGCUCGCGCUCCCCGAGCUUAAGGAGUACCUGACCAAGUACCAAGACCCGCAACAGGCCGACUCGAUCCUCAAGAUUCAAAAGGAGCUUGACGAGACAAAGAUUGUGCUGCACAAGACCAUCCAGAGCGUCCUGGAGCGCGGGGAGAAGAUUGACGACCUGGUGGCCAAGAGCGACGGCCUGAGCUCCCAGAGCAAGAUGUUUUAUCAGCAGGCGAAGAAGCAAAACUCGUGCUGCAUCGUCAUGUAA